GGCCACUGGGGGGCGGACCAGCGAAGGGUUGCCCUCCCAUCAGUGACGUCCCGGUGGGUGGAGGGGCGACGGGCUGGCUCGGCGCCUUCGACGCUUCCUCAGGGUGCCAAAUUCGUCAGUCCUCAGGAGAUGGUGCUGCGGCCCUUGCAGUUGUGCACGCUGGUGCCGGUCUGCCCGCCCGAGCCUGGCCAUGCAGCCGCGAGCCGUGCUGCGCGCCGCGCUGCUUGUGUCGCUGCUGGUGGGGCCCCGGCGCGCGACCGGACGCCUGCGGAGCGGACAGCCAGUCUGCUGGGGAGGGACACAGAGGCCUUGUUAUCAAGUCAUUUACUUCCACGAUACUUCUCGAAGACUGGACUUUGAGGAAGCCAGAGCAGCCUGCAGGAGGGCUGGGGGCCAGCUAGUCAGCAUAGAGUCUGAAGAUGAGCAGAGACUGAUAGAAAAGUUCAUUGAAAACCUCCUGGCAUCAGAUGGCGACUUUUGGAUUGGGCUCAGAAGGCAGGAGGAGAAACAAAGCAAUAGCACAGCCUGCCAGGACCUUUAUGCUUGGACGGAUGGCAGCCCUUCAACCUUCAGGAACUGGUAUGUGGAUGAGCCUUCCUGUGGCAGUGAGGUCUGUGUGGUCAUGUACCAUCAGCCGUCUGCACCUGCUGGCACUGGUGGCCCCUACAUGUUCCAGUGGAAUGAUGACCGAUGCAACGUGAAGAACAAUUUCAUUUGCAAAUAUUCCAGUGAGAAACCAACAGCUCCUACAAGGCCUGGAGGGGAAAAAACAGAGCCAGCAAUACCCAUACUUCCAGAAGACACAGAGAAAGAAGAUGACAAAGAAACGUUUAAAGAAAACAAAGAAGCUGCCUUGAAACUUACCUACAUCCUAAUCCCCAGCAUUCCCCUUCUCCUCCUCCUCGUGGUCACCACAGUUGUAUGUUGGGUUUGGGUCUGUAGAAGGAGGCAAGUAAAACCUUCAUCAUGUAAAUCUUUGAAAUGGGAGCAGCCAGGCCCCAGAGCAAAGGGGCAGCAUGCCAUCUGGCCCUCUCCUCACCAAGGAAACAGCCCAGACCUAGAGGUCUACAAGGUCAUACAGAAACAAAGCGAGGCUGAUCUGGCUGAGACCCGGCCAGACCUGCAGAACAUUUCAUUCCGAGUGUGUUCAAGAGAAGCCAUUCCCGAUGACAUGUCUUGUGACUAUGACAACAGAGCUGUGAACCCAUCCGAAAGUGGUUUUGUGACUCUGGCAAGCAUGGAGAGUUGCUUUGUGACCAGUGACAUCUAUGUGUUCUCCCAAGACCGAUUGGGGAGAAGCAAGGAGUCUGGAUGGGUGGAAAAUGAAAUAUAUGGUUAUUAGGACACAUGAAAAAACUUGAACUGACAAGAAUGGAAAAAAAAAGAGAAGUAAAAUUCUCUUAUUUUCUAUAAGAGAAAUACUUACAAGUUCUAUGAAGAUGCUCAGAUCAGGCCCUGGGGGUGAGCAUGUGAUCCACAUUAGCUCCUGUUGGGUCCCCAGGUUUGGGUAUAUCCCUUAUCCCAGCUUCUCACCCAGGUCACCCUUCCGAGAAAGCACCUUGCCCUGGCACACAGUAGAAAAUGAACAUCGACUGAUGGGUUAUGUCUGACUUUCAGGGACUGGGGCUUUCAUUGGCAAGGGCAGGUUGUGGCUGUGGGAAUCAGGAAAACCAUCUCUAGUUUUGUUUUUCUUGCUCUAUACAGCAGCGCACAGAAUCACGAAGAGACAGAAAUUACAGAUCUUUUCAAACCCCAUGCAUGCUGGCCAUUGGAUGGCAAUUCUUAUAGCAAGUCAAAUAAAAAGCAGGAAGCAGUACAUUA